UUCAAGUACAGUAUAUAUUUUAAUCCAGUGGUAAACCUUACUUUGGUUUCUUCAUUUGACUAUGAGUCCAAAUGAACCACUAGCAAACUUCUAUCCCUGCAGUGGACGCUGGAAUAUUUUGUAAUAUUGUGAUUGUUUAGUGCUCUAAAACAUUAGCAGCUUGUCUUUCUGUAAUUUCAUACUUAAAUUAAUUCUGUUGGUGAACCCUUAGCUAUCAGGUGUGAAAUAAAGUACUGUAAUAACAUAGGAAACUAAAUUGACUGUGUUUGAUUAACUACUCAUUUGCAGGACGUAUAAUCAUUGUUGGUGUUUUCGCUCGUAAUAACAUUACUAACAUAAGUUAUAACAUUCUCAACUGCCUGUAUUCAGAUUGCUGAAAUAAUUAACUAUUAGAAAUUUUUGGCUCAAAAAACACUGGUUUCUUUGGCAUGCGGUUUGGCUUCCUUGCAGAUCGACAGAUGGCUGAAGAUGCACAAAACAGCAUUGCAUAUGCACCUGCAUCAAAUCCACCAAUACACCAUCUGGAAAGCAGCCCUGAUGAACAUGAAAGACCCUUUACAUCACCACCCCCUACAAGAGAAGCAAUGUCCAUUCUGCAUCAACGGCGACAGAAAUGCGAGCUUAGACGACUGCUAAAACACACUUACCCUGAGCUGAAAAACAUAGACAAUUUGGUAGAGAAGGAGUUGCCUGCUAUUCUUAACAUGGAGCCAGACACAGGCACUGGAUACCAGAGUGAGUUUCAGUCCAGAUGCUGGCUGUUUGAGAACCAUGAAAUCAAUUCAGUGGAUAUCCAUGAUCAAAAACUACAGAUGAAAAAGGAGUUUCCAGAGGGGGACAUCAAGAGUACCCUCUGCAUGUUUGAACAACCUACAUCUAACUCCCACAAUGAAGACAACAAACCCCAACUCAGCAAAUCAGAGGAAGUGACAUCAGAGCAGAGCAUAAAGGUGGAUGUGAAAGCAACGCGCAGAAUGUUCGAAACUCAACCGAUAGAUAGACAAAACCCCUGUCCAAGGAAAAACAUUGUUUGUGAGGAAGAAAGUCAAUCACUCCUAAAACCAAAGAGUGAUUUUGAGACUGAUGGAAAAGAAACAUCAGACCUUCACCAUAACAGUCCAACCAAUGAUCUCAUUGACACAAAUGAUGUGUUUGUAAGUAUAUCUAAAGCCAAACAGGUCUUCGAAACAGUAUCACAUGACAAAGAGAACAUCUCUCCAACAAAUGACAACUUCAGCCAAGAACAAGAACUGCUGAAGGCAAAUGUAAGAAACAGAGCUCAAAUGUUUGAAUCAACUCCACUUGAUAAGAUCAAUCAGCAAACCAAGGAAGAAUCAGAAACCAUCCUGGAGAACACACAAGAAACUCUAGUUUCUUUAUGCAACUUCAGUAUCAUGUAUUCUGAUGGAACCAUCCUUGAAGCUAAUGAAAAUGGCAAUGUCAAAAAAGCAAGAUAUAACUUCAUACAAGAAGAUAGAAGACCAGAAAUUCAGGAUGAAGAGAUAGUGACUGGAAGCAUAAAGAACAUCAUGCUUCAAAUGCUACCAGGAACAAACUUGAACCCAAUUGUGACCUUCCUAAAAGAGGACAGUCAGGGCAAUGUGGAAAUUCAGAAAGUAGAUGUCCCAAUUCACCAACUUCCAUUCACUCAAGAUAAAGAGUGCAGAACUGCCAAUGUGGUGCAGAUUACUGAAGAUCUACUCAGUCCAGAGAAGUCCAUCAGAAAAGGAGUCUUAAUACAAGAUGGAGCAACAGGAAUGAGAGAGAUAACUGUUUAUGCUCUAUUCAUCCACAGUGGAAACAGUACAGGGGUAAUGGAGUUUGGUAAAACCGUUUUUAGAUCCAUUUCCUCAAGUCUAAGGAACGUUCCAGAGUCUGAAAAUUGUGAUCUGAAGACAGAUAUUAGUCUAUCAGAAAGUUCUUCAGUAGUAGAUACAAACAAAUCUAGAAAUGUGCAGCUAUUCCAGAAAGGAGACCUUGAUCAUCUAAAAUGCCUGCAGAAAACAUCAUCAGAUGUAGAUAUAGGUGCAUCUACUGGGGAAUCAGAGAAAACAAGUGAGAUUAUACAAGGUAAAGUUAACAGUAUCAAAGCCCUUUUUACUACCAAUAUAGAUGACACAAGCAUGCAGUCGGAUAAAAGCAAGUCCAAAGUGUCGCCUACAGAAAGUUUGGUAAAUAAAGAAAAUGAUGACGUAAAAGCAACAAACCAAUCUGAACACUGUCCUGACACAGAUCUCCAAAAUCAAAAUAUCGUGGAUGAUGGAGUCGUUCUUCAAGCAGAACUAGUUGAUGUUGUUGAAGACGAUGAGUUGGUGAAUUUACAAACAGCCAUUAUGAAUCUUCACCAGGCGACAAUAGAGGCAAAAGCUCUUCAGCAGAGUGUACAAGCAAAACAUGCCUCCCAAUCGAACCAAACCCAACAAAUCUGUAAUUCUGGUUCAAUGACCCAUGUGUUUACACUUGUGGAAAACAAUGAUAAUGUAAGUGAAAAUGAAGAGCUCUCACAGUUUUCCAAAACUGAACUGGAAGAAGAAAGUAAGGAGGAUGUUAUGAGAGGUAGUAUACAGUCAGCUCUUGAUUCCUUGGGAAAGUCGCAUUUUAAUGUCACAAAGGGUGAUUUUAAAGCUGCGAUGAUUUAUAGGAAUUCUGGUAAAGGAUAUGCAGGACACAAAAAGACAGAUCAAGAGAUGAUGAACCAGACAAGUGAUAGGACUAAAGAAAAUCAGUCAGCAACAUCUUCUCCUGUGACUCAAGCUGAAAAGGAUGCUUUAAAAUCACCUGAGGGAACUGACACAACCCCUUGUGAAAGGUCAUUUGAAAACAAACCAAAGACAUGUUCUCCUUUGCAUGUCUCUGUAGAAAGAUCUGCUAAAAAUCGCAAAACUCCUGUUGGACCCAAACCAGCUAUCCCACCUAAACCAGAUCAUUUAAAAAGUAAGCCAAACCCUCUUGGUUCUGAAACUGACGCAGAACGUGUCAACAAAUGCCAAGUCCCUCCUACUUCUUCAAAACCACCAACUGAGCAGAUUAAUGAAUCUUCAACUUCCAAGCAACGCCCGUCUCAUGAAAAUGCACUCUGCAAAAGUGUACAGCAUACUGAUGCUAAUGAACAUGAGCCUAGUGAUACAUCAGUGAGCAACAUUCAAAGUCCUAAAGAUAAAAAGCUAAAUGGUGUAGAGGUUGUUAUAGAAACUUCAACGAGCUUCCCAGAAAGCAUUGUCAAUGAAUCUUCCACAGGAUUUCAUGCUUCUCUUCAAAACUUUGGGGUAAAGCAUAGUGGUUCACUGCCUCCUGUAAAACCAAAAAGAAUCAAAAUGGCAAAAGAAAAUGUGAAGAACUCUGCCAUUUUGGAAACUGAAACAGCACAGGGAAUAACUUCUCCUCACAACAAUGACCCCUCAGACGAGAUUUGUAAGACAGACACCACCAACCGUGAUAAGACAAAUGAUAAAAGUGAUGAUCAACAAGUUAGUGGAGUGGUGAGACGGGAAAAGAAAAUUCGAGGAGAGACUGAGGACGAGCGAAGGCAGAGGCUCUCGGUGCACAUGGAUGAAAUCAUGAAAGGACAUGUGCCAGCUGUCCUGGAGAUCUUCGACAAGCUGAAAAAGCAAGAAGAACUCAAAAACAUACUCUCCAAAGUGGAGGAAAUUGAAGAAGACACCAACAAAGUGGACGUGGGCUCACUUAAAAACAUUUUUGAGAGCGUACCUGAUUGGGUCGUGCCUCGGGAGAAGAAAAUCAAGCCAAAAAUAGUCCCACCAGAACAUACUGGAGCACCAAGUGAACCUGAGAUGAUGUCAUCAAUGGAGGUAGCUUUUGGGGACCUGGAGAAAGCUGGUGCUGAGAUCAUCCGUUUAAAAGACCAAACGCUUGCGAGACUCAUGGAUAUAGAGGAGGCCAUUAAAAAGGCUCUUUACUCAGUAUCGACUCUAAAAUCGGACUCGGACAUUAUAGGACUCUCUGGUCUCUUCAGGGAGUCAAUGGUGGCCGUACAAGGUUCACCUCCUCCGGGUAAUAUCAGGAAAAUCAGCAUUGGGUCAAGCAAAUCACCGAAAGCUCAAACCCAGAUUGGAAAGAGAGUUUCUGAACAGUCAACAACACGGAAAGAGCAUGAGCUUUUUAUUCCCACAACCAAACAGAGAUCAGCCUCUCUAGCAUCCCCUUCAUUUAUUUCCAUUCAGUCUGCAGCAAGGAAGCCUACGGAGUCGCCAUCACCUCAGAUCAGUCCCCUGAAGGAAGAACCAAAAGAAGAAACCAAGCUGCAGUGCUGCUGUAGUGUGCCUUCAGACCGCAGGCAAUGUUCAGUCACAAAAGGAGCAUCCUCAAGCCCUGGCAAUCCACGGCGGCAGGUCAGUGUGCUGGAAGUGCAAACCAGGCCUGAAGGAGAGAGAGUCAUUGGAACAAAAACCAUCAGCGAGAACUAUGAGAGGACGGACUGCUUUGGCAACAAAUUCUACUCCUCGAAAACCUCCACAGUUGUGACAACCCAACCUGAAACCAAGACAACUUCGAAAAAGCUCAUCAUGAGCAGUCCAGCCACAGCAGAAAUUGUCACGUACCCAAGAAUCAACACACCUUUUAUUAGAGAAGACCGCCUUCCACUGUAAAUUUAUUUCUAAAUGUUUAUUGGUUUUGGCUGCAAUAUAAAUGAAAGAUCUAAUAAUGUGCCAGCCAAUGCAUUUUUGUACUUGUUUUUGUUUGGUUAUCUUUUGAAUGAUACUUUACUGUUCCUAUUUCCAGUUGUUAGUAUUCCAGUUUCAGUGUUUUUCUUUUUUUGUAAUUAAUAUUUUGGAAAACUACAUGAAUUCCUCAGUGUGUUUCAGUCAUGCAAUAAACAUGUUCUGUUAUUUAUGUGAAUACAAUGUAAUUUGAAUUUACGCCAUAUUUGUCAAUAAAAAUGGUAGAAACGUG